CCUGCAAAACACGGUAUAUCGUCACCGUGCAUCUCUCUUCCCAACUAAUAUCCCGUUUACUACGUCGUUAUCCACGUUUUCCCUCCCCAUGAUUGUUAGUCAGCUGCGUACAAAAGGCAACACAACUUAGUUCCAGUGCCUUAUCUCCGUCGACGGCGCAACACCUAGAUUCGCCAAGAACAAGUGCUUAUUGGAGUUUAAUGUCUUCAAAGGAAUGCAUGGAUCUCUUGGAAAGGCUUGGCUACACAUAGAGACAAUUGGGAUCACGUUGGCUAAGAGUUAUGCAAAUAGCAACUUCAAUCACGAUAGCCUCACUAUCUGUACUUAGUUGCAACUGCGCGAACUCUGAAAACAAGAAACCUCUACACCCAAAACCAAAACCAAAACCCUCUCAUUUCAACCACAGCCCGCAAACUCCUGCACAUAUCAGUAGUCUGCUACGUAAUGUUUAAGAUCUGUAAUACUAAUAUUUCAUUUAUAGAUCGCUAUUAUGAGUUGAGUUCCUAUUGGGAAUCGGCCCUGUAGCCUCGGUGUGACUUGUGAACAUGACGUCCAGGCUCGAUCGUCUCGUCACGAUCCUCGAGACGGGCAGUACUAAACUGAUAAAAGACACUGCUGUGAACCAACUGGCAGAUUGGCAGAAACAGCAUCCCGAGGAGCUUUUCAACCUACUCUCUAGAGUUGUACCCUAUCUUCGUCAUAAAGAUUGGGAUACCCGAGCAACUUCGGCCAAGGCUCUGGGUCGGAUUAUUGAGAAUGCCCCUUUCUACGAUCCUAAUGAGGAUGAGGACGAAGAUCCAGCCCUAGUAAAGAAUGAAGAAUACAGCGGCGAAAUUACCCACAUCAAGAAGGAGGAUGACGAAUCGCCUUCGUCGUCAGACGAGGAAUUUAAACCGGAGACGUUAAACGUCUCGACUAUACUCAAAUAUGGCCGUGAAUUACUUAGGACUGGUAAUGUUGAUUAUGGACUCGCGAGUCUUGAGCCUCAGGCACGACUGGCUCACCAACGAAAGACUCUCACUGGCCGCCUGGGAUUGCUCGGUAGAAAAUUCGAAGAUGAGGAGGUCCCGAUCACUGCUGAAAAGUCCGCAAGCCCCUUCACAAUGCAAGACCCUACUACGACUACUAAUGGGGUGGCACGUCAGGACAGCAUGUCUGGUUCUACACCUAGCCUACCAACGGAGGAGUCUGGCCUGAGUGCCCGACAACUGAACGUUUUAAAGCGAAAGCGGAAGAGAGACGCGCAAAAGGCUGCGCAAGGAAAGGGCGGCUUCGGUGACUUGUCCGUUCGUCGUUCUUACACUGCCGGGUCUGAGGGAAUCGAUGACACCCCUUUGCCGGAUGGCGAUACAAAGAAAAACGGGAAAACUGAUUAUUUCAGUCUCGAUCGGCCAGCCGACGUUGAUGAAGAUACUAAGAUUGUCUCGGAAUUCAAAGGACCCAUUGCCGCCAGCAAAUCGGAAAUCGAAGCAGAAGACGAAUUGCAAGGAUCGGAAUGGCCCUACGAACGUCUAUGCGAGUUUCUCAAGAUUGAUAUCUUUGAUCCGCAGUGGGAGACACGUCACGGUGCUGCAUUAGGUCUGCGAGAAAUACUUCGAGUGCACGGUGCCGGUGCUGGCCGUUUGAGAGGCAAGUCGAGAGCUGAGAAUAAUGUCCUCAACAGGAAAUGGCUCGAUGACAUGGCUUGCCGGCUUUGCUGCGUGCUCAUGCUCGACAGGUUCACUGACUAUGCCUCCGAUACAUCUGUUGCGCCAAUUCGAGAGACCGUGGGCCAGACUCUGGGCUCGUUCCUAAAACAUCUACCACCGCAGUCUGUUUACAACAUCUACCAGAUACUACUGAGGAUGGUAAUGCAACAGCACCUCGAUUUGGAGAGGCCGGUCUGGGCCGUUUGUCACGGUGGUAUGGUUGGUUUGCGAUAUGUUGUCGCUGUUAGGAAAGACUUACUAUUGCAACGCAAUGACAUGAUUGAUGGCAUAGUCCAAGCAGUCAUGAAAGGCCUCGGCGACAACGAUGACGAUGUUCGAUCAGUCAGUGCGGCAACUUUAAUUCCGAUGGCACAGGAGUUUGUGAAUCUCCGACCCGGAGCACUCAAUGAACUUAUCAACAUUGUAUGGGGUAGUCUAUCUAGCUUGGGCGACGACUUGAGUGCCAGCACUGGAAAGAUCAUGGACCUGUUAGCCACUCUCUGCAGCUUCCCGGAGGUCUUGGAAGCAAUGAAAAGCUCAGCCGAACAGGACGAGGAGAGGUCUUUCACACUGCUAGUACCUCGACUCUACCCAUUUCUACGACACACAAUAACUUCGGUCCGUCUUGCUGUCUUGAAGGCUCUAAUGACUUUUGUCAAUCUAGGGGUAGAGUCUCAAGGCUGGCUGGAUGGUAGGAUCCUCCGAUUGACGUUCCAAAACAUACUCGUCGAACGCGAUUCGGAAACGUUAAAAAUGUCCAUGGAGUUGUGGUCUGCUCUAGUGAGGUGUUUGGCAAAAAGUCCAGAUACUCUUGGGCGAGAAUUCGCCCCGCACAUUGAUGCUCUGAUGCAGCUUACCCUACAUCCAGUAGGAGUACCGAGGAAUCCUAUACCUAUGAAUGGCGCCCUCUUUCAGAAGCCCUCUGGGGGUACGUAUUCCGUGCCUGGCUUUGCGCCUUCAUCCACGCGAAAGGGUUCUGAAGCCGAUGGAGAACGGGCUACGAAAAGACGAAAAAAGUCAACCAAAACCGAUGACCCAACCCCUCUAAUUCACUCGCACGAUCUUGAUGGCCAUAUGAUGCAAGGAGACGUGGACCUUGUUGGUAUGGACACACUUAUUCGUUCUCGCGUUUCAGCUGCCACAGCAAUGGGCUUAAUUAUGUCACUUGUGCCUACGCAAUAUCUGGACUCUUAUGAUGCCACGCUCGUGCCGGGGUUUACAUCAUCAUACUCAUCCACCCAACUCGCUGCGUGUGUGGUGAUCGACGAGUAUGCCCGAAGUUGCACUCAUUCUCAAGUUCAGUCAUCAAGAUAUGUAGAUGAGCUCCAGAGAAUGAUUGAUUCCGACCGUCCCUCACAAUAUCGUGAUCUAGUCAGUUACGUUCAACGCGUACGAUCACAGUGCCAGCAACUCAUGAAUCUCUUCAGAGACCACGGGAAAGUUGCCCAGCAUAAGCUUCCAAUCCUCGCUGUCGUUGUGCAAGGCGAAGCAGAAGCAGGUCCGGGCGCAUUCUCUCUCUCUGCGGCCGACAAGUAUGUAAAUGAGGAUUACGAGCGAUUGAAGAAAAUCAUGGCUCCAGCCCAACGCUUGAUUGCUAGCCAGCAACUUAACGAAGCCCGAGUAGCCACGGUCUCAGCCAUCGAGGAGGCUCAGUCUAUUAAGGAGACGCGCGAUGUACGAAUCAAGGCCGCGGCAGCAUGUGCCCUCAUCGCCAUGAAAGUGCUUCCUAAGAAACCGAGUCCCCUAAUCAAAGCUAUCAUGGAUAGCAUCAAGCUUGAGGAGAACCAACAACUGCAAACUCGCUCUGCUGACACAAUUGGACGAUUAGUCCAACUUUUUACCGAGAAAGGCCGGCGAGGUCCUGCAGACAAGGUUGUCUCUAACUUAGUUAAGUUCUCCUGCGUCGAAGUCGCCGAGACGCCUGAAUUCCCGGUCCACGCUACAAAGACCAAUGUAAUUCUUUCAAUGCAGAAAGAAGAGGAUCGAGUAGAUCACGGGUCUGAUGCUGCAAAGUUCGCGCGCGAGGCUAAAGGCGCUCGUAUCACGAGACGCGGAGCAAAAGAGGCCCUGGAGAUCCUCGCUCGCACAUUUGGUGCAAAUCUAUUUGGUACGGUUCCAAGCUUGAGGACUUUCAUGGAAGGCCCCUUAGUAAAGGCUUUCUCCGGGGACCUACCCCCCGAGGCCAAAGACCCUGAAGAUCCCUUUGGCCAAGAAAUCGUGGAUGCCAUGUCAGUUAUCCGGACUUUGACUCCCACUCUGGACAAGGCACUUCAUCUAUUCGUCAUACAACAGGUUCCGCUCAUCAUUAAGUCGUUACAUUCGGAACUAUCCGUUUACCGAUACAUGGCUGCGAAAUGCCUGGCCACGAUUUGCAGUGUCAUCACCGUUGAAGGCAUGACAGCUCUCGUGGAAAAUGUUUUGCCCUCAAUAAAUAACCCUAUUGACUUGCACUUCCGUCAAGGAGCAAUAGAGGUUAUCUACCAUUUAAUUGCCGUUAUGGGCGACGGCAUCCUACCUUACGUUAUCUUCCUCAUUGUACCCGUCCUAGGUCGCAUGAGCGACUCGGAUAACGAUAUUCGCCUUAUUGCUACAACAUCAUUUGCUACGCUAGUCAAACUUGUGCCUCUCGAGGCUGGCAUUCCAGACCCUCCCGGUCUCUCGGAGGAGCUGCUGAAGGGUAGAGACCGCGAACGGACAUUUAUCGCACAGCUCCUUGAUCCGAAGAAGGUGGAGCCGUUCAAGAUCCCCGUCGCGAUCAAUGCCGAACUACGGUCUUACCAGCAGGAGGGUGUCAACUGGCUUCAUUUCCUCAACAAAUACCACCUUCAUGGCAUUCUUUGUGACGACAUGGGGCUUGGGAAGACCCUUCAAACACUUUGUAUCGUCGCCAGUGACCAUUAUAACAGGGAAGAGGAAUUCAAGAGAACUGGCGCGCUAGAUGUGCGGAAACUACCAUCUCUUAUUGUAUGCCCUCCAACACUUUCAGGGCACUGGCAACAAGAGCUGAAAACGUUUGCGCCAUUCUUGACUGUUACUGCUUUCGUUGGCCCACCCGCAGAGAGAAGAGCUAAAGCCACUCAAUUCUCAUCGACUGACAUUGUCAUAACUUCAUAUGAAGUUUGUCGUAAUGACACCGAUUACCUCGAAAAGCAGAAUUGGAACUAUGUGGUGCUCGACGAAGGCCACUUGAUCAAAAAUCCGAAGGCAAAGAUUUCUCUCGCUGUCAAGAGACUUGCCAGCAACCAUCGAUUGAUUCUAACCGGUACGCCAAUCCAGAAUAAUGUCCUAGAGCUUUGGUCACUCUUCGACUUUUUGAUGCCAGGAUUCCUCGGAGCUGAGAAGGUGUUCUUGGACCGAUUUGCCAAGCCAAUUGCUGCCAGUCGAUUCAGUAAGGCUUCAUCGAAGGAGCAAGAGGCUGGCGCCUUAGCAAUCGAAGCUCUACAUAAGCAGGUUCUACCUUUCUUACUACGUCGUCUGAAAGAGGAGGUGCUUGACGACCUCCCCCCAAAGAUCCUUCAGAAUUACUACUGUGACCUCAGCGAUCUACAGAGGAAGUUAUUCGAAGACUUCACCAAGAGGCAAGGUAAAAAGCUGACAGAGGAAGCUGGCCGAGACGACAAGGACGCCAAACAACAUAUAUUCCAAGCCUUGCAAUACAUGCGAAAGCUGUGUAACUCCCCUGCGCUUGUGAUGACACCAAACAAUAAACUCUACGAAGAGACGCAACGAUUCCUCCAGAAACAAGGAACCAGUAUCGAGGAUCCUACUCAUGCUCCUAAGUUAACCGCUCUCAAGGAUCUAUUGGUUGAUUGUGGUAUUGGCGUUGAAGGUACCGAUGCGAACGACCCCCUAUACCAGCCCAUCAAACCGCAUCGCGCCUUAAUCUUUUGUCAAAUGAAAGAGAUGCUUGACAUGGUCCAGAAUACGGUGCUGAAACGCAUGCUUCCUUCUGUCUCGUAUCUACGACUUGAUGGCUCGGUGGAGGCAAACAAGAGACAAGGCAUCGUCAAUAAGUUCAACAAGGACCCGUCCUACGACUGUCUACUCCUCACAACAAGUGUUGGUGGUUUAGGUCUCAACCUCACGGGGGCAGAUACCGUUAUCUUUGUUGAACACGAUUGGAACCCUCAACGAGAUCUCCAGGCCAUGGAUCGUGCUCAUCGAAUUGGGCAAAAGAAGGUGGUCAACGUAUAUCGGCUCAUUACAAGAGGGACCCUAGAAGAGAAGAUCCUCAGUCUCCAAGCAUUCAAGAUAGAUGUUGCAUCCACCGUGGUGAAUCAACAAAACGCUGGAUUGGGAACUAUGGACACGGACCAAAUAUUGGACCUUUUCAAUCUGGGCGAUUCAGGGCCGAGCCUAAUAUCCGACAAGCCUCAGGGCAGUAUGGAAGGACGAGAGGAAGAUAUGGUGGAUGUCGAGACGGGUGACGUUAUAGCUCCAGGCAAGAAGGCAUGGGCAGAUGACUUAGGAGAGCUCUGGGAUAAUCGCCAGUAUGAGGAAAGCUUUGAUUUAGACGGCUUCCUCAAAACGAUGCAGUAAUGUCCGGGGUCAGAGACCGACGAGUUAUGAUGAAGAGAGGCUUCGAAGGUAAUUAAUCCUAACUCAUGGGAUAUUCCAUGAGCAAGAUGUAUGGUAUUGCAUUGUGUAUACUUGUACUAUAACGGAGUAAUAAUGGCGA